CGGGACACGGCCACUGCCGCGUACUGCCUGCUUCCCUUGCUCUGUACCCCUUUUGAGAGCAAAAAUGAAUGUUGGAGUUGCUCAUAGUGAGGUAAAUCCAAAUACUCGGGUAAUGAACAGUCGUGGUAUGUGGCUGACAUAUGCAUUGGGAGUUGGUUUACUUCAUAUCGUCUUGCUCAGCAUUCCCUUCUUCAGUGUUUCUGUUGCUUGGACAUUAACAAAUAUAAUACAUAAUCUGGGAAUGUAUGUAUUUUUACAUGCAGUUAAAGGAACACCCUUUGAAACCCCUGACCAGGGUAAAGCCAGGCUGCUGACUCACUGGGAACAGUUGGACUAUGGAGUACAGUUUACUUCUUCACGGAAGUUCUUCACAAUUUCUCCAAUAAUUCUAUAUUUUCUGGCAAGUUUCUACACCAAGUAUGAUCCCACCCACUUCAUCUUAAACACAGCUUCUCUUCUAAGUGUGCUAAUUCCCAAAAUGCCACAACUGCACGGUGUUCGGAUCUUUGGUAUUAAUAAGUACUAAACUGAAAAUGUGAAACUGAAAUUCUGACCAAAAUUUUGUGGCUACUGCUUUUUCUAUAAGGAAGGAAUAGGUAGCAUGCUAUGCCGUUUACAUUGUAAUGUGCAAUGGGAAGUUUUUACAUUCAAGGCCUAAUACUUAUUUGUAUGCUAUUUAGAAAAGCAGAUUUUUAUGAGAAGAUGUCUCUUAAGUAUUUAACAAGUCUGCUUAAUUUCUGCAGAAGUUUUCCAGGAGAGCCAGGCAGGCCUGGCUUACAAAAUGAUUGACAGUAUGGUGAGAGCAAAAUAGCUCUGCAUGACAUAGGAGUCUUGAGGUUAAGAGUAGCUUUAGUUUAUAAUGAAAGGGCACUUUGUAGAAAGAAUUAUCCAAUCAGUAAUAGUCAAGUUGAAGUACAUUUAUAUAUGGACCAGAAUCAUCCUUUUAAAAGGUCAAAUGUCCUAUUCCUAAGACAGCCAGCUCUUUUUUGUUUUACAAAUGUAUUCUUUGUUUUCACUGGCUUACUGUUUUAUAUCUAGACCUGGUUAGUUCUGGAGGUAUCAGAGGACUGGUGUGUCCUGGCGAUGUACUUCCAAGCCUCAUUAAUAGUUUUCAGUAUGGCUUCCUGCAGCUUUCUAGUGAGUCUUCAGCCAUUAAUUUUGAACAAAUCAAAGUUCUGCUGGUUUUUUGUUGUUGUUUUUUUUUUAUUUUUGUUUUUUUAAAAGGCUGCUAAUUGAAAAAACUAAUUUGAAUCCAAGCAGUCUGAAAUAUGAUGUGUAAUUCUCUGAUUUUCUAGUUGAACCAUUUAAUGGUUGAAAUCUUUUAUCUGGGGAAGGAUAGUUAAAUGCUAGAUAGACAGUUAUAUAAGAAAAUAGUUGUCUAGUAAAAAAAUAACUUUCUCCAGCCAUGGUACAAAGUAAGCUACUAAACACUGGGUUUUUUUUUUUUUGUAGUUUUGCAUUAAAGGAUACUUUCCCUCUUCUUUAUCCAUACCUUAUCUAUUAACUUUACAUUCAAAAUAGGUAUCAAUUUAAAUGGUCAAAGGAAGUGAACUUAAAAGUUGUCAUUUUAAGUCAGUUUCUCCCAGUCCUAAUUGAUACACAUAAUUCCCUGUUAAGAUUUCCUCAAAAUUUGUUGUUGAUGAUAAUUAGCUAUUACAAACAUCAGAAAAUAAAUUAUUGAAAAAAUUAAACAUUCCAAAAUUCAGUAAUUUUUGGAAAAUAAACUAAAAUUAAGUAGCUUCAAAGACUACUUAAAAAUCACUUCAUCCUAAUAAAGCUGAACUGUCUUCAACAUCUUGGGGAGAUUAUUGUUUGCAUUGAUAGUCUUAAGUAUCAAAAUCAGUUGUAAAAUUAACUUUGUAUGUUUUUAUCUUUUUCCCACAUUUUGAAACACUAAUAUGAAUGGAUGUGUUAUUUUAAUAAAUAGAUUUUUUAAAUGGAUGUAAGAUUAUUUCAACAGAUGUAAAAAUUGUCAACUUUUCCUAAAAUUACCCUAUACUGGUCUUUCCUAGUUCAUUUUAAGUCAUUUUAUGACCAUUAAAAUUAGAUUCUUUUUUACCUUC